AUGUAGUGACUGCUCUUGUUCCCAUGUGAGCACCCUGGUGCGCUCGCACACUCCCCUUGGAAUUGUACAUAGAGGAAGCAACCUCCCACCAUUUUGUGUGAUCAACCCAUCAAUGCUGCAAAGAUUCCUCAUGAGUGAGCAGCACAGAGCAGGAAUGGGAUUGGCCCAAUCAGCCAUUCAGUCAUGGAACAUGUGUUUGUGUGUGUGUACACAUCCGCACCCUGCUUUGCACUGUUCAACCAGCUUCAUUUCUGACACAGCUGUGAAGUUUCGGUUGGUGCACGCUGUAGAUCCAGCUUUCGAUCUAAAUAACUUGAGUGUCCCCUUUUACUCCUACUCAACUGAAGUAUUCGCCAGGAUUAUCUUUCCCCAAUAAAUGACAUGGCUGUAGAACUUAUGUGGUUUGAAGUUAGGCUUCUCCUACCAUUGUCUACAGAUUUCUGCUAUCAUAGGAUUGCUGAGGUCCCCUCUCCAAUCUGGACCAAUACUUUUCAUUCAGGGAAAGACUUUCACUUACUAAUUAAAUCUGCAGACCUGGGUGCAGACUCUCCAGGAGAAAUCAGCAGGAAUAUCAAAGAGAAUUUUCCAUCGCCAGAACUCAUAAGGAAGGCCGAUGAAGCUCAACAAGAAUUGCUUAGUGAAAUACAGAAUACGACCGAACCAGAGAUGCCUAUCAUGGAAUCAACUCCAUUUAUGACCGCUCCCAGUGAUAAGCAGCUAAUGGCUCAGGCUCCGCAGGAGCAGCGACAUGCCCGCAGCCCAUUAGAAGACCCUUGUCGACUACCUAUGGACGAGGGCUCCUGCCUGCACUACACGUUGCUCUGGUAUUACCAUGGGGAAGCCAACGCCUGCAGGCCGUUCGUGUUUGGAGGCUGUGGAGGAAACAGCAAUAGGUUUAAAUCCAAACUAACAUGUGAGCGUUGGUGUAAAAUCACAACAGGAAGGUGACUCGGUGCAGACAGAUGGUGUAAAUGAGGAGGGAGCUGCAAGGAGGUGAAUCCACGACAGCUCAGAGGUUGGAAAUACAGCAAGACAAACAAUUUAACACAAAGAGGUGGUAGAUGUUAGUUCUGCAGACAAGGAGAUAGUUAUGGUUAUGGAUAUGUAAUAAAUCGGGCUGAUAAGAGAGAGUCUUUUGUUUGGCUGGAAAAGCUGAAAUGUUCAGAGGCUCUUGACACACUGCAGAUCUAUUGUGCAACACCCAACAGACACCUAAAUGUUAUUUUAUUUUUUUAAAUAAACCUGUAGGUUAAGCCAACCUUGCAUAAUUCCAGUCCCCCUGCUCACCAGGUAGUUCUUUGUGAUGGGCAAGUAAAAUGUAAUUGUUUUCCCAUUACCAUCAGUUUGGUAAGGAAGGACAAGUCAGUUUUGUUGGUUAAUUUUUGUGAGGCUCAUAUUAAAUCGUCAAUAGGGAUAAAUGGAACCAGUUUGGGACAACUUGGAUCAUCGUUCAAAUCAGCCUUCAGCCAUCACUGUUUUCACGUCUCCCCACUUCCUGGUUUCCUCCAGGAUCGGAAGCCUUUGUGAGACAGGGGGCAUGGAACAUCUUCCGUUCCAAUCCCAGCUCUGCCACUAAACUCUCUCUGUGACCCGGACAAGUCACUUAACCUCUCUCUGCUUCAGAUUCCCACCCGUAAUACAGGGAUGUGUUGAGCAUUAAUUAGUUAAUUUCAUUGCGGAGGGAAAGUGCCAAGAGUUACUGAAAUCUCACCAGAAAGGCUGUUCUCAAAUUGGGCGAUACCACGUCAUUCUGGAAAUCAUUGUCUUAAGUCCUGUGAAAUUUCAAACCCCGUUUCUAGAUCAAAGUGUUUUGGAUACAUUCGGAGGGCAGUCCUAACUGUUACCAAUUCAGAUGCCAGAUGCUGAGAUCAGCAGCUGCAGGGAUAGAUAGGCUUGUGGUAAAGCUUCCAGUAUCUUGGAUCUAAGUAACGCGGGCUGAGGGGUCCCUUUCCGAUGAGAAGAAUGGAAUCCUUUGAACCAAAUUUCAUAAGGCAGGAGGAAGCAGUUGUCCGAGGAGCCAUUUUUUGUAAUCAGGGUGACCCAGCGUGAGACGCUUCUGUAUCUAUCUUAAGGCACAAGAGACUCUUAGCUCUUUUUAAAUCUUUAAUCAUUCCAUUGCCAAUGGGAAAAUGAAGAAGGAAAUCUCAAACAACUUAGAGUUGGUAAGGAAAUAUUAAUUAUCUCUAAUAUAUAUACUGGAGCUAAAAAUUUCACCUACUAAAUGAGGCUUGGUUAACAAAAGCAAUUACUGAACUGUCAAAUUUUCUGGCUUAAUAUAACCAUUCUGGUCUCUAAUUUAUGGUAUUUCAUGCUAAAUUCCCUUGACUUGGUCCUGUAUUGGAGAGGCAAUGUGGUCUAGUACAGCAAGCAUGGCAUUCCUGAAUUCCCAGUCAGCCUCUGCCACUGACUAGCCUCUGUGGACUUUGGCAAGUCGCUUCACCUCCCUGUGGCCGUUAUAAUGACUGUUCUGAUACUCAUUCAUUUAUUUAACAGGAGUGUUGUGCGGUUUAAUUGCUUUGUAGUAUUGUGUCCAAAGCCCGCCAGUGGCAGAGAUUAAAUAGAGGGAAGGCUACAUUUACAAAUACCCAGGACUUUAAGCAAAGGGGUGGGGUUUUGUACAGAACACACCCUCUUGCUAAUGAUUCCUCAAAUAACUGGGCCCAUCUCCUCUGUGAGUGUGUGUUCUUUUG